CAUUAUGUUUGACAACUUUAUUAGGUUACAUUAACACUAUAAAGACUAGAUAUGGAAUUUUAAGACAAAAUGCAGAAUUUGAUUAGUUCCUACUAAAAAUAAAUACAGAGAGAUGGAGGGAGAGGGAGAGAGAAAGUCAUAAUCAUGGGGGAGCCUUAAAGAACGGAGAGGAAUCCUGAAUCCUUAGUUCAUAUUCUAUAUAUAUAAGGUCAUUGCAAGCCUACCUUCCAUUACUGACACAAUUCCACAUUCCAUUUUUCUUUCCUCCCAUUUCAAAAUUCAAUUUUGUCAGCCCCACUUUUAUCUUUCCGUCUAUAAUUACAGCCAGACUUCAACAAAAAUCCUCCUAUUUGGUGGCAUGCACAAGAUCUUCAAGCCACAAAGGGCCCAUAAAACUAGCAGCAGCAGGAGAAGAUUUCAUGGGGAUGGGUGUAGGUGCGUGGUCUCUUGAAGACGCCGUGAACUCUGGCUUCACUCCUGUUUGGGGUUUACAUGAGAGCGUAGAGGAAUUAAAGCACAAGCUUCUGUGUGCAACCUUGGAACUGGAAUCACUGCGUGCUAAUGCCAAGGAAGAGAUGAGAAAGAACGAGGAGAACAUUAGCCAGUUGUUGCAGCUUCUUCAAGUGAUCACUCAGCAGAGAGACCAGGCCAGAGAACAGCUGCAGCUUUUGCUCACAAAUAUGACACAGCCAGAGAGCCCACAGGUGAGGCAGAGAAGAGGCAGUUCAAAUAUCACUGAAUCGGAUAGUCUCUCUGGCACCCCCAAGAAUCAUUCUUACGGUGGAUCUCCUGCACAUUCUUUGUUCAAUGUUGCUGCUUCUCCAGAACUUUUGAGUAUGAAGACACAGGGUCAAGAUCGUGACCAAGAUAUGGCUUCGGUGGUCAUGGAUGAACUUGCAAUGAGGCCACUGCCUCAGAAGGGUAAGUUGCUGCAAGCUGUGUUGGAAGCUGGUCCUCUGCUGCAGACUCUUCUCUUGGCAGGGCCACUCCCUCAGUGGCGCAAUCCUCCACCUCUGCAGCAGUUUCAAGUCCCUCCUGUCUCUAUCAAUGCUCACAAAGCUUCAUCUCUCAGCCAAAAAGUUGCAACGAGUUCAAAUGAUUUGGCUCACUGCUCUACAAAUCUACUUGAUAGUGAGAAAUCUAAGAGAGAAUUACAUAUACACUCCCCUGAUUUGCCGAAGAGAUCAGUGAAUUUGACCUGCAUGAGAAGUUAUGACAACAUGAGCUUGAAAAGGCAGAAGACUCAAUGCACAGGGGGUGCAUGAUGAGAAAGAUACCUUCUUUGCUAAUUACCGAUGAACCCUUUGGCAGGACCAAUCAGAUUUAGUUAUAUUUUACAUGUCUAUAUCUAAGUUGCAGGAGUUUGUUUCUCAUUGCUUAGAAAUAUUUUUUUGCGAAGAAUGCUUAGUUUAACUUACUCAAAAUAAACCUAGUUAAGCAUUAUAUAUUUUUAGAAGGUUGUGUAAUAUUUCAUUGUACUACCAGCAGAAAAAUCUAAAAGCAAAAUCCUUAUUGGGACAUCAUACAGUCUAAGAGC